CCGUUUCUGUGUGGGGGUGGCUCGUGCGCCGCGCGGCGCAGCAGUCUCUGCUUUAUUUAUAUCGCAGUUUUUUGAUCUCUCGUGUGCCUUGCAAGUUACAACAUCGCCAGUUCUUAUUUAGACCCACGGCGUUGGCAACGUGCGACCGUCGAUAGGAAAGUGAAACGUCCAGGCUCGACGACGGAGAUGUGCCGUACCCCUAAUGCACCCUUUGUGCAAACUAGUCUUCGGCAAUAGGUGAAAACACGAUGAACCGCAGUCAUAUGGAAUCAGAGGAUGGCAUCCACAUCAAGUUCGAGGAUCUCCCGUUCGAGCUUCAGCUGCUGGUGUUCACUUACUUGACGCACAGCGAGCUUUCUGUGGCAGCCCGCGUGUCCAACUCUUUUCGGCGACUCGCGUACGAUCCAUCGCUAUGGAAGCGCGUCAAAGUGGACAGCAGUGACUGUAACGCGGCUAGCUUCGGGGCGCUCCUCGAUCGAGCGCCGCUUCUCGAAGAUUUGACGAUGCGCGCAUCGCCGCACGUCCUCGAACUGGCGGCGCGCUCGUUCGCGGUGCGCAGGCUGCGCCUACUGGACGUCGGCUUCUCGGUGGGCGUCAACUGUGCGGCCGUCUCGGCGCUCGUGGAUGCAUGUACUGACCUUUCGCACCUGAACGUUGAAGGCUGCAAGGCCAUGGAUGACGCGGCCGUAACGAUGCUCUGCCGGCUUCCGUGCUUCCUGAGCCUCAACAUCUCGCACUGCGGCUUGGUCACUGACGAGGGCAUCGUUGCCCUGGCGCGCGGCUGCCCGCACCUCAGGUUCCUCAAUAUCGAUGGCAUCCCCAGGAUAACGGACAGGGCAGUGCGUGAACUGGGCCAGCGCUUGGGACACCAGCUCAUCUCUUUGGAGCUGGAUGGGGAGGAGCUGACGGAUGCUUCUAUUGAGGCUCUGCACACCUGCAAACAGCUUCGCACCCUGGGCAUUAGCUAUGCCGAAAACCUCUCCGAUGCCAGCCUUGCCUACAUCCAGGGCUUGCACGAGCUGCGGCAGCUGAAGCUUCGACGGGGGCCACGACUGACGGCACGAGGGCUUGGCCGCAUGUUUGAGAACCAGAACCUGGCGAAUCUCAUCAGCCUCGAGUUGGACAGUCUUGCCCUGGACGACGAGGCACUCACCCUUCUGGUUCAAGGGUGCCCACAGCUGCACACCCUCGAGCUGCCCUGGUGCUGGGACAUCACUGAGAAUGGCCUGGCUGCUAUCGUGGCCCACUGUCAAAACCUGGUCAACCUGGUUCUGCUGGGUCUGUUCAAGAUCCACGGCUUCUGCCUGGCCGAGCUCCCUACGCGCAUGCCCCUCCUACGGUGCAUCCACCUAGAGCAGUGCAAUGAGGUGGUGGACUUGCUGUUAGAGUCACUGGCCCGGCGGCUUCCGCAUUUGAAGGUGUUCAACUACUACGGGGAAGUGGUGGUCCCCUUUGAGCAGUCGCCCUUGCUGGGGUCAUCACAGUGUGCUGAACGGCAUUUCGCUGCACCUCUGGAGCAGUCCCUGGGCUAAGUGCGCUGCUCUCGACUGAUGUAUGCUACCAGUGCCCUGACUGACUGACCACUGCCAUCACUAUGACAGAUCCCCCAAGACCUUUGCUGAAUUUGAUGCAAUAAAUUUGACUAAAGGCAAUCAUA